GGGUUUGUCAAGAGGUUGAAUAACGGGCCAAAUAAAUCUGAUCUUCAUGAUAUCCUCCUGAGUUACACUGCUGGAUAAGAAACAAACAAAGCAAACGAGGGUAACUACCAACCACAAGAACAAGAAACGCUUUUGGUUUGGGUUCGUUGUUAUUGGUCUCCAAUUAAAGCUCUUGUGUGGAGCGCAUUUCAUUUCCGACCCCUGCUUGGCUUUCGUGAAACUAGACUCCGGGGCUGAUAAAUAAAAUAUCCCCUGUGCGGUGCUAUAGCUGAUCACCGGAGCUCUGUCAGCUGUAUAAGUGGUGAAAGGCGACAUAAUCUGCCCGACAUUAAGAUCUGGACUGAGAUUGAGACCCGCACAGAGGAGCUGGAGAGGCACUCGGCUGAAGAACAACAUAAGUCUCCCGGGAGCAGCAUGAUAAACCCCCAGCAGCAAGGCGAGCUCCUCCUGCACGAUCCCCCUCCGGUUUUUGGGAAGCCCUGGUACUGGCAGCGCAGCACCAGCACCAUGGAGAGCACCCGCAGCCUUGCGCAGGUCAUCAUGGAGAUGCGCGACGAGAUCAAGAAGCUGGAAGCGGAGAACCAAGAGCUGCGGGGAGACUGCGCUCCGCAUUCAGCGACGGCGGGAGAAGCCAGCGCGGCGUCCACCGCUGGAAGCGAGCAAGCGGGAAUACUGGAAAACCCCUAUGGGAACCUGAGACGGAACGUGUCUGCACCAGUCCUGGAGGCACAGUAUAAAGACAGCACCGCCAUGACUGUACGAAGGUACUCCACAAGCUCUAACCACUCCGGGGUGACCGUGAGAGAGGGAAGAACGGACAAGAACAAACAAAGUAACUCAGGAUGGGACAGACUGCAUGAAGAAAUCCAGCAUGGGGAUUAUUUGUUUGGAGAAGCAGAGAAAGCCAACAACCGGCACUCUUUGCAGAACUUCGUCCACAAAAACAGAGUCAAGGUAAAAACUGUAACCUUUCUUCUACCUGUUGAUGACAUCUACACCAGCCGGCCCGUCCUGACCAAACACCAAGAGGAGCCCAAAAUCACUGGCCUGGCUUCUAUAGCUGAGACUGAUUCUUGAGAGAACCUUAAUAGACUUUGGAUGCAUUUACUGUACAGGUUGAAGAUAUAAACUGGAACUCUGCAGCCUCAGCUUAGUAAUUCUUUCCCUCCUUAACUAGGUCACUGUAGAUCGGGCUCUUAAUGAGUGAGCAAGCGGACCGAUUUUUAUCACACCUGACGAAGAAACUGGAGUCUCUGAUUACAGGUGUUAUUUUCAUUUGGCCAUGGCAAUCUAUGCUCGGUCAGCAGCGAUGAGACAGGGGCCCUCUGCGGAGAGGAUCGGGUAUCCGGACUCCUCUCCUGGCCUGGGCUGUGGUUUCAGGGUGACACAUGUGGCAGCCUUUUCAGACUCAGCUGUGGUCGCUGACUCAGGCCAUGUGAGCGACGUCACAUUAAUUAUUCAUUUAGCUCUUUUUCUCUGUACAGGCUAAACUGAAAUUCAUAGCCACAAUGGCAAGUCAAGCUGUGACCCUUAUAUUUCACUGUUCCUGAAGAGGAUUUGCUUUGUAACUCAUCCAAACUCAUGGGAAUUAAAGGUAUCGCCAUGAAAAUGAGUCCAUACACAGGAAGCUUAUUUAGUAAUGACCAACAUUUUUCAUCCACACUUUUUUCCUCUUUAAAAUCCAAAAAUAAAGCACAAUGUCAAUUUCUACUCACUGAUAUGCAGCCACAUAUUUUUGAGAUUCUAAAAAAAUAAAUUUUGCAGUUAAUAUUUAUAUAAAAAAAGGUAUUUUGAUGUACCCCUUAUGCUCCUAAUGUCUUUCACAAAGCAUGGUAACAUUAAGCAUGUAACAUUUUAUCAGUUUUAUGGAAUGUGCUGAAUACUACUGGUUAAAAGAAAAAGGUUAACAUUUAUACCAAGUACAAAUAUCACAAUUUUACCAAGUGUUUUUUUAUUUAGGAUUUUUAAUGAAUAAGUUACAAGUAAAGCUUCUCUCAUAUUAAGCUCAAAAACAGUAUAAGUAAUCCAAUUUCUUCUCUGGAGUUCAUUAUGUUGCACCUAAAGCCCAGUUUGCAGCUGCUCUUACUGGACAGAGCAACCAGCUAGUUCAGUUAGAUGGUGGCUUAAAAAGCUUUUUUCCUCGUAGAUUUCCCACACAUUUUUUGCCAUUACAAUCGCAAAUAUCUGUGGUUUUUAUGAUAUGGGCCAACACAAUGCAGAGCAUAAUUGUGGAAUGGAAGAAAAAUUACGUUUUGAAAGUAUUUAACAAAAAAAAAGUGAAACGUGUGGAGUAUAGUUGUACACAGCUCCUUUUCGUCUGAUACCCCUAAAGAAAUCCAGUAAAAAAAAUAAGUUUAAAGUAGGGUUAUAUUUAAUGAAAACCAUGUUUCCAUUUCCUUCAGAUUUAGUUACUGUGUUGGUCUAUCAUAAAAAAAAACCAAUAAAAUACAUUGAAGUUUGUGGUCGUAAUGUAACAAAAUGUGAAAAAGUGAAUACUUUUGCAAAGGAUUAUCUGUUUAAGAGUCAUAAAGCUUCCAUAGUAUAAAAAGUAAAACAUGAUUAAGGAACAAGCAUGUGUUCAGAUAGCUGGUGUUAUGCUUUGUCUUUGAUAUGUGAGGAAGACAUCGUGGACUUCAUAUUCAACUUUGCGAUAAUUUUUUUUUCUUUUAUAGUGUGGAGUAAUUUUGUGAAUUGAAAGGAAAAAGACAGCAGUCAUGACGGAAAUGGUCUUUAAACAUAUCCAAAAUAGUUUUAGUGCAUACAUAGGCACAAAUAAUAGAGCAAUUUUUUUUAGCAUAUUUGUGUUUUGCCAUUUUAGUCACAAAUGUUUCAAAUAAAUAUUUGUUUUAACAUCAGUAGAGUUAAAGGAAACUUGUGAAAAUGGAAUGAUCUGGUGAUAUGGGUCAAGGCUUUCAAAAGCUGUUGAAACACUCUUGAUCCAACUGGUAUUUUUUUUUAAAUUAAAUUACUGUUAUGUCAGUAUGUGUUCUCUGUUCUCCUUAUAACACACAUCUUGUUUCUUCGACACAAGGAACAUCUGAUGAAAAUUAGCAAAAUUUAACAGAACUGUAAUUUUAGUGAAACAAAAACAAUAGAGACAACUACUGUAUCAAAUGCACACACGACAUUGUUUAAUAAUGGAUACUCUCUGGAAAAACAGGCAUGUAAUACGUCAAAAACAGUGGAAAUAUGCAAAUACAUCCCAUACCUGAAAUGU